AUGUUAGACGCGUUUGAAAUCCUCACGACCUCUGGUGUCGUCCUGUGGUCCCGCAGUACUUCCAGUAUUGGAGCGACUGCGGUCAACCACCUGAUCAACGAUGUCUUCAUCGAAGAGAAAGUUCGUCCGACGAUCACGCACUCAAGCAAUCCCACCUACAAGCAUGAGAAAUACACGUUGAAAUACACCCUGGUCAAAGAUCUUGGGCUAAUAUUUGUCGCUGUCUACCAAUCCCUCCUUCACCUCACCUGGGUCGACAAGCUGCUUGACGAUGUCCGAACAAUAUUCGUCGAGGUCUAUAGAGGACAAUUGGAAGAGCUGGACUAUGCCGCCUUGAAGUAUCCUUUCGACAAGUACUUUGACGAAGAGCUACGCAGAUUGAACCAAAGCACUGGUGGCGCAGUCACGGCGCAGCCUCCUCGCGCAGAAGUGCAAGAAGGAAAGCAACUCAGUGCUGAAGGAGGAGAUACAGGAGGACCACCGCCGCCACCAUCUCCUAAGCUACUCAAGGCGCAGCCACGAGCUGUGCCAGCUGUAAACGGAGAGUCGCCACAGCUCACCCCCGUUCAGACACCAGACACUUCUCGACCAAGCACCCCUCUCCGUGGCGCAGCACCACAUUUGUUGGCAGAAAAGGGCCGACCGGGCAGUCGAGGUUCUCGAAGGGCUCGGAAGGCAGCUAAUGCAGUGACAUCCUCUGCGAAUGCCUCUUCCGGCGAUGAGGCGAGGAGACGCACCCCAAAGACAGCCGCUGCCAAGAAAGGCAGGGUCUGGGGUCCGGAUGGAAUGGCAGAUGAGGCAGAUGAUGUGACUCUGGACUACUCAGCAGUCGAUGAUGGCACAAAUGGCAAUUCGGGGCUUCGCUCUCCGCCGCCAGAGGCCAUCAGCCAGGAAAGCUGGGGCACGAAGAACAAGCAAGGUCAAUUUGUGCUGAAGGAUCUCGGUGAUGAAGUCGACAAUAUCUUGAAGUCUGUCGACACAGAUAAAGCAGAAACGAAUGGAAGUGGUACUUCGAGAUUUGGAGCCAUCUCUGGAUAUUUUAGAAACAUCGUCGGAGGCAAGACCCUCACUAAAGAGGAUCUAGAAACCCCCCUAAAGUCUAUGGAAGAACACCUGAUCAACAAAAACGUUGCUCGAGAUGCUGCGAUUCGUCUGUGCCAGGGUGUGGAAGCCGAAAUGCUGGGGAAGAAGACGGGUGCAUUUGAGUCGAUCGACGCUGCUUUGAAACCAGCUCUGGAGAAUUCUCUUCGGAAGAUUCUCACACCACGGUCGUCAUUGGAUCUACUUCAGCAGAUAGAGACCGUCGCGAACCCUUCUGGAUCAAAGGCUCAACCUCGUCCAUUUGUCAUUACCAUCCUUGGAGUGAACGGUGUCGGCAAGUCAACCAACCUCUCGAAGCUCUGCUAUUUCCUCUUGCAGAACAACUAUCGAGUUUUGAUUGCCGCUGGUGAUACCUUCAGAUCGGGUGCGGUUGAACAAUUGAACGUUCAUGUGCGCAAUCUCAGGGAGCUCACCGAACGAGAAAACCUCGGCGCAGUUAGUAUCUACGAACGAGGCUACGGCAAGGAUGCCGCCAACGUCGCGAAAGACGCGGUUGCGUUCGCUGCUGCCAACGAUUACCAAGUCGUCCUGAUUGACACGGCAGGCCGAGCACACACAAACACUCAGCUUAUGGCAUCUCUUGAAAAGCUUGUGGACUUUGCCAGGCCAGACCUGAUCUUGCAAGUUGCCGAGGCGCUAGUCGGGAACGACUCUGUCGGUCAAGCGCAGAAUUUCACCAAAGCAUUAGGGAAAGGCCGAAAGCUUGACGGAUUCAUCGUGUCGAAGAUCGAUACUGUCGGUUCAGGCAUCGGCACCAUGAUCAGUUUGGUCCACGCUACAGCUGUUCCAGUACAGUUCAUCGGCGUUGGACAGCACUACGGUGACUUGAGACAGCUGUCUGUUCCUUGGGCUGUGAAUAUGCUGAUGAGCUAG